GCGUAGGGCACUGGUGGUCGUUCAGGGUUUAAAUUUCAGGGGACUACCAUCUUUCGCCGAAAACAGUGCAUCCUCGUUGUGACUGUAUUGGCCGGAAAAAUAGCUUGCAUGCGUUAUGUCGAUGGUGCGUUAUUCUCGGGGGAAGAUGGUAGAAAUGGGCCCAGAAGAUGGGCUUGCAAUAUCGAAGAUGAUUUGUUAGAAAUGCUCGGUGCGUUCUGCUUGGGGGAAGAAAUGCAAUGUCUAUCUAGAUGUUUGAUGCUUCUUGGGGUUUUCUGUUUGAUACUGUUGAGGGGAUAUAGAGUGGAGACUAGGACUUCUCUACUGAUUUUAGACGUCAUUACAGCUACAUACAUCUAGGUCUGGCGGUAAUUGCAGUCCAAUACAUUUCAGAAGGUGUGUGCCUAUGCCCUGGGUGGCACUCACGCAGAACCUCUGUCUGCUAAGGCUCACUGCAAAGAUCUGGCGGCGGCGGAAGGCGACGCCAAUAUUUGUGGGCAGCAAUCCAACAGGCAUGUGGUGAGAGCCUCGUCUCCGGUUCCAGAUCUGUGGGACCAGAUCCCUUUGCGACAAGGUCUCUGUGGAACCAGAUCUCAAGCUACCACUGCCUGCAAGCUGAUUGUACCUAACCUCUCUUGGGCACAAUUCUAGAUCGCUGGACUGCCAUGGGGCGGAGCCUGCUAGCAGGCUUGGGUGGGCUGAUAGGGUGAACUGACUCAAAACCCCCUUGUAUAUAGGUAUGGCCGGCGGAAGGCAUCAAAAGUCAGUGGUGGGGGUAUGAGCGGAUCCCCAGUUUGAGGUCAAAUGGGUCAAACGGGCAGGGCGGCGAAAGGCAAUGGUGGGUGCUUAAGAACAGACCCAUUUCGAGCUGAGAUUUUGCCACAUCGAAAGGCAGUGGUGGGUGGGUAAGAACAGCUGCAGUUGAGCUGAAAUGGGCCAGAAAGGCAGGUCGGCGAAAUGUGGACGGUGGGUGUGGAAGGGUAUGAGCAUCUGGGGAAUACAAAUGGCUGCAAGUUUGCGAAAAGAACGUGAUGGGGGGGGUUAAGGACAGCGCCAGUUGAGCUGAAAUGGCCCAAAAAGGCAGACCGACGACGGUGUGGAAGGGUGAUGAUCAUCAGAGGAACGCUAAGGAGUUCGACAAUGGCAGCUUUCCAUUUUUAUUUCUGCGAGGUUGCUGUGGGAGUUUCCCUUGAAGCCGCAUAUUGUGGUGGGCAAACGAAUGGGACAGGACUCGAGCUGGAGGGUGGGCCUGCAGAUCUCUGCAAUGGAUUUGGAUAUGCAGCUCACUUACUGGCGGCAGCAAGACCAAAGUUUGCAUGUAUGAUAUCUGUGGGAUUGUAGUCAGAGGUUGCUCAUGGACCCGCGUACGGGUAGGUCUCGGGGCAAGUGGAUGAUCGUGAAGGAUCUGAAUGCAAACCAAAGCAGUGACCUCAGUCUGUCUAUUUUUGUACAUGCAAUCUGCAUGAUUGCGAAAGAGUUCCACUUCGAAACCACAUGUUACACGGAGAGAGAGAGAGAGAGAGAGAGAGAGAGAGAGAGAGAGAGAGGGAGAGACCACAUGUUACACACACAGACACACAGAGAGAGAGAGAGAGAGAGAGAGAGAGAGAGAGAGAGAGAGAGAGAGAGAGAGAGAGAGAGAGAAGAAAAAGAGAGAGAGAGAGAGACGGGGAAGUUAAUGUAGGACCGAAUGGUUCGGUGGUGGUCGUUGAGGAGUUUGCAACUUUGCAGUGAGGAUGGAUGGUCUGGAGGGCUAUGGAAUGGAGUGAGGUCGGCGUGUGCACGUCUGAUUGGUGGGGCCAAGGAGGAGUCGCCUCCAAGGAGGCAGACGUUAGUAGGUGUUCAUCGCAAUUUUGGUGCUCUCUAACAGGAGCCAUAAUGCUGUGGAGUUUUGAAUUGACUGCAGGGGAAUAUCAGCUAAUACAAGUAGCCAGCCGAAGGCAUGAGCGACUCGGCCCUCAACGCUUAGCUUUCGACCUCUGUGGCAGUGGUGAAUGUAUAGCAAUGUCUAUGACAUUGAGCCCUCAGAAUGUGCGCUGUUUGGGGGUACUGCAACUUGCACCGUUUCCUUGGGUCUGGCAGGCAGGUGUAGUGUACGGCGCUGGGCGCCUUUAGGGAGUAGACACAGCCAGGUCAACUGUGAGGUGGUGAGGGAGAUACUCGAGGGGGGUAUUCGGAGAGGAGAGACCUUGGACAGAGAGGAGGGGGGGAGAGGAGGAAGGUCGGGAGAGGGAAGCGACCAUAGCGGUUUUUUUGGUAGCCAUAGUCGUGUCUUGUACAUACCGUCUUGUAUAUCAAAUUGAUUGGCGGAUAUUAUCUUCGAGGUACAUCUCACCUGUGGUUUGAUGUGUGUGCAUCAUCUGGUCGGUGUGUGGAGUCAAAAGCAUCAUGUAUGGUUGGUCUCAAAGCACAUGCUUUGUGUAAUGUGUGGGAUAUAGGAGGGCAAUCAAUUGCCAGGUCGAAU